ACUUCCGGGACAAAUCCUGUUUCAAACCCAGGUCCUUGGUUGUUGUUAUUUAUGAGCCAGUGACGUUCUGCUCUCAAGGGACUUAAGAGAUUGUGUGUGUAGAUAUACCGGACAGGACAGAUGGCCACCACCAUCAGCACUCAGAGAGGACAGGUGUAUGUGGGGGAGCUACCCCAGGACUUCCUGCGGAUCGCUCCCACGCAGCAGCAGCAGCAGGUCCACCUGGACGCCCGGGCCGCCCGGCAGCUGCAGUACGGAGGCUCGGUAGCCACGCUGGGCCGGCUCAGCAUCACCGUGGUCCAGGCUAAACUGGCAAAGAACUACGGUAUGACCCGGAUGGAUCCGUACUGCAGGAUAAGGCUGGGGUACGCCGUCUAUGAAACACCUACUGCUCACAACGGAGCCAAGAACCCCCGCUGGAACAAGGUGAUCCAGUGCACGGUGCCGCCCGGCGUGGACUCUUUCUACCUGGAGAUCUUUGACGAGAGAGCGUUUUCUAUGGAUGACAGAAUAGCGUGGACACAUGUCACCGUUCCUGAGGACCUCAGGGAGGGCAAGGUCCUGGACGAGUGGUUCAGCCUCAGCGGGAGACAGGGGGACGACAAGGAGGGCAUGAUCAACCUGGUCAUGUCAUUUGCUUCAUUACCAGCUGCCAUGAUGAGCCAACCUGUCGUCCUAAUGCCCUCUGUUUAUCAGGAAGGAGUUGGAUAUGUGCCUAUUGCAGGAGUGCCUGGAGUCUACAACCAGGGCAUGGUGCCCAUGGCGGUGCCCUCCAGCAUGCCGGCGGUUGGGGGCCAGGGGGCCGUGUGCUGCGAGCAGGAUCUCAAGGCUCUGCAGGACAUGUUCCCCAACCUGGACCAGGAGGUGGUCCGCACCGUCCUGGAGGCCCAGCAGGGAAACAAGGACGCUGCCAUCAACUCUCUGCUGCAGAUGGCUGAGGAGCUGUAACCCCGGAGGAGCUCUAACCCCGGAGGAGCUCUAACCACGGAGGAUCUGCAGACGGACAUGCAACUCACGCAGACAUGCACAGAGACACAUGCAGACAUGCAACACACGCAGACAUGCAUGCACACGCAGACAUCCAUGCACACGCAGACAUGCAACACACGCAGAAAUCCAACACAUGCAGACAUGCAACACAGAGACACACGCAGACAUGCAACACACGCAGACAUGCACAGAGACACAUGCAGACAUGCACAGAGACACGCAGACAUGCAACACACGCAGACAUGCACAGAGACACGCACACAUGCAAAGAGACACACGCAGACAUGCACAGAGACACACGCAGACAUGCACAGAGACACGCAGACAUGCACAGAGACAGAGACACGCAGACAUGCACAGAGACAGACAUGCACAGAGCCCUGGAGAGCCCCCUGCAGACAACACGCUUCCACAGCGUAGCUAGCUCCCGCCCUCAGCUCCCGUCUGAUCCGCUAGCUGGUUUUCACAAACAUCUCCAUCUAUUGACUCUCUAGCCAAACAGUUCAAACGCAGUGUGGACUCUGUCCCUCCCCCGACCCCCCCAAGGGACUAUAAUGACAAUGCUUUAUCCAAACAAUGUGUAGUUUUUUGUUUUUAGAAGUCACUGGUUUAAAAUUUGUGUAUCGUUCGUUUGUUGAUGUUUUCAGGACCGUUUAAAAAAAACAAACAAAUAAAUUAAAGGAUAAAGAAAAAAAUA